CCAUGUUAAAACAUAAGCCAAUAACAACAACUUGAGUAUAAUUAUCUCUUUCCUUAGCUCCCUAAAGUUAUCAUCCAUGUUCAAACACUUUGAUGAAAUCUUUACAUUCGUGUAAUGCUCCUCAAGUUCUAUCCUUUUUACAAAAUAAAUGGAGAAUAUAUGCGUAUUCUCUAUCACAAUCAUAUCAUCCCUCUUAUUAAUUCAUCUUCUUCCUGUGGCUCUCUCUUUUUCAUUCGAAAUCCCGCAGUUUGAUCAAAACUGUUCCAACAUAAUUCUCCAUGGAGUUGCUAAAUGUUCCAAUGGAACAGUGGAUAUGAACAUUGUUGAAUUCUUUCCCCGUGUUGGUCUCAUCACCUAUGAUCAGAAUGUGCGUCUUUGGGAUAAUAAUUCGGGAAAUGUUUCAGAUUUUUCAACUCAUUUCUCUUUUGUGAUUGACACCUUAAAUAGGACAUCAGGUACUUACGGUCAUGGGCUAGCAUUCUUCAUUGCUCCUGUUGGUUUUCAAAGUCCACCUAAUUCAGCUGCUGUCUAUCUAGGUCUUUUUAAUGAUACUACACGUAACUCCUCUAGUAACCAAAUGAUUGUAGUGGAGUUUGAUUCGUUUGUAAAUGAUGAUUGGGAACCUGAAUUUGAGCAUGUUGGUAUCAACGUCAAUUCCAUUCUUUCCUCGAAUUAUACACGUUGGAAUGCUAGUGAGCACAGUGGUAAUGUGGCCGAUGUUUGGAUCGAUUAUAAUGCCACUACUAGGAAUUUGAGCGUGUUCUGGUCAUACCGGAAUGAGUCGAAUUCGAGAGCGAAUUCGAGUAUUGUUUUGGCAAUUGAUCUACCUCAAGUCGUUCCAGAAUUGGUUAACAUUGGUUUUUCAGCUUCUACUGGAACUGCUAUCGAACGACAUAUUAUUCAUUCAUGGGAGUUUUAUUCUAGCUUGGAGGUAACUGAUGAGGUCCUGCUAGAUGGUACCCAUAAUAUUCACAAUAGGAACCGAGUCAAAGAUUUGAUAAGUUGGACGGUGCCAUUGUGUUCUUCAAUUUUCUUACUAGGGGGAAUAGCAAUUUUCUUUCUAUAUCGAAAGAGGAAGCAGAUGAAAAUGAAAAAAGCAGAGGAAAACUUGUUCAAUGAUGAAGUCGAGAGAGGGGUUGGGCCAAGAAGAUUUUCCUAUUCUGAGCUUGAUUCUGCUACAAACAAUUUCUCAAGUGAGCACAAAGUGGGUCAAGGAGGGUUUGGAGGGGUUUACAAAGGUUAUCUUAGUGAUCUAGAUAUGCCAAUUGCUGUUAAAAGAUUUUUGAGAGGGUCUAAACAAGGAAAAACGGAAUAUAUCACUGAGGUUAGGAUUAUUAGCAAACUCAGGCAUCGGAACCUAGUGCAACUCAUUGGUUGGUGCCACGAUAAAGGGGAGUUUUUACUUGUGUAUGAGUUCCUGCCAAAUGGUAGCUUGGAUACUCACCUAUUUGGUAAGAAGGCUCCACUUUCGUGGUCUACGAGAUAUAAAAUAGCUCUUGAAUUAGCUUCGGGUCUGCUUUAUCUGCACGAAGAGUGGCAACAAUGUGUAGUGCAUCGUGAUAUAAAGUCUAGCAAUAUAAUGUUAGAUUCUAAUUUUGAUGUCAAGCUUGGGGACUUUGGUCUGGCCACGUUAAUGGACCAUGGGAAUAGUACCAUAACAUUAACGCUAGCUGGAACUUACGGGUAUAUGGCCCCUGAGUACAUUGCCACAAGAAAGGCUAGUAAAGAAACAGAUGUAUAUAGCUUCGGUGUUGUCAUUUUGGAGAUUGCUACCGGGAAGCGAUCAAGGAAUCUCACAGAUGGCGAAAAUCAAAACGGGUUGGUACAAUGGGUGUGGGAUCUCUAUAAAAAUGGCGAGCUACUUUUAGCGGCAGAUAAAAGGCUCGCGAUGGAUUUUUAUGCUCAGGGGAUGGAGUGUUUAUUGCUCGUUGGUCUAUGGUGUGUACAUCCUGAAUACAAAUUGAGGCCAUCAAUAAAGCAGGCAAUUCAAGUGCUCAACUUUGAGGCGGCUUUGUCGAGUAUUUCACUUAAGAUGCCUACUUCGAGUACUUACAAGUCUAGUCCUUCAAGUAGCUCUAAGGGUCCCUCAUUGAUUAUUACAAGUAUUGAUAUUGGUCGUUAAAUAUAUCUCAUUAAUUAAUUAAUGCCUUUAGAAGUAUAUGUAUUCAUACCAUUUUCAAUCAUGGUGUUCGGGGUAUAACACGCAUUUUAAUUUUCAACGCAUCAAACCCUUGUACUUUGA